AUGACGCCGCCUUGCCGCGUCUUCCCAGCCUCGCAGCUGGAGUCGGAAAUCCAGGUGAACGACGACGGGCGCAGACGGAAGGGCGGCAAGAUCGACCUCUCGGCCUGCGAGCUGCUGUCGAUGGUGCAGUACGAAUGCAAGAUUGAUCAUCCGGAAGCUUCGGGCAGUCCGGUGCGGUGCUGGCCGGUGCAGCGGUGGUUUCGGCGGUGUCGGGACAACAGGGGCGCUUUCACCGUCGAGACCACCAUGUGGGAAGGGAAGACGUUGCCGGUUGAAGCUGAGAAAGCGUCCAAGACGAGUUGA